AUGUCGCGUAACAUUGUUCGUAAAUCGGAUUAUGGUGCUCCGCCGGCUAGGAUGUCAGCUGGGGCUCCUCCUAGCCUCCCAGUGCGACGAGCUUCCAAAGGUGCUUUCAGAAAUGUUACUAGCACGCUUAGUCGCAAGCGGCGAUCAGAAGGUAAUCUGGAAACGGAGGAUUCGGAUUCGGAACAAGCAUCCACAGCCGAUGACCAGGAGGAGAAUGGUAGUGGUGAUGACAUAAAAAAGGAAGAAGAGCAGGAGGAGAAAGUCAAGAAAACUCCGCGUAAAAAACGUCGAUUUAGGUUAACGGAUUCAAUAGCAAAGAGCAAAAGACGAGCUGAACGAAGGGCACAAUUAGCAGCCGAACGUAAAGAGCGUGAAGAAUCUAAACAGCAGCAGGAGGGCGAAAUUAAUGACGAAAUGAAAGAGCACUCAUCGACACCGCCACCACUUCCAAAAGCAUCAGCUGUGCUAACCUAUUCACCUAUGCAGCUUUUUUGCGAUAACUUGUUGCGGAAAAUGAAAGCCAAAGAUCCAGAUGAAUAUUUCGCAUUUCCAGUGACACAAUCGAUGGCACCAGAUUACCAUGAAAUAAUCAAGGAACCGAUGGAUUUUGCUACGAUUCGACAGAAAAUCGAUCGGGAUGAAUAUCCAGAUAUUGCAACAUUUAAGAAAGAUGCCGAAUUGAUUGUUCAUAAUGCAAUGGAUUAUAAUUCACCUGGGACUAUAUAUCACAUAGCAGCUCAAAAAAUGGACUUAGUUGUACAGUUUUAUUUUUCGGAAUCAUAUUUGCGCUAUCUUUUUCAUACUCUUCCGUUCACCAAGGAGAUCCCGUUGGAAAAGUUAGGUUUAACUUUGAAAACAAAAACACGGCCAAUACCGAAAGCAGAUUACAAAACAGCAGUUGUCGAUGAUGCAACACCAUCAACCGUUUUGGAAGCAGUGGAUCCAUCUUUGAAGCAAAAAUUAUCUAGUCGUAUUCCUGAUCUUAGGGUAUUUCCUACUGGUAAUGAGGAGAACGGUAUAGAACCGAAAAGUCACCUCGCAUUUUUGGAUAACAAGGACGAUAUUGUGGGUAAACUAGAGGAAGGUACACCAGGACUUUGCGCUCCACAAGAACACAAAUCAAACCACCAGGUUCCAAUUUCCUAUGUUUCAUAUGGACCAUUCAGUUCUUUUGCACCGCAAUUUGAUUCUACCUGGGCAACACUUUGCGAACGGGAUUCCCGUUUACUUUUGGGCACUUAUGGGGAUAGAACUAAUGUAAUGAAUGCAGUAUCCUUACGGGAAAUGGUUGAUAAUUGUGGCGAGUACAUGAUCAAAGUUGUCGAUGAUUUGUUAGAUACUUUGACAAACGGUGAGCACCGCAGGACUGUCAAGGCUUUAGAAACUGAUACGGACAAAAACAGUGUUUCUCAAAUGAAAAGUGCAGUGGAUAAAAUCGAUUUGAACAAAUUGUUGAGCGAUGUUGAGUCUCUCGAAAAUAUUGGGGUUGAUGUUUCAUUCGUCAGUGACAUACGGAAGUUAUACAAAUUGCAAACAGUACCAGAAACCCGUCAGGCUAAGUUGAGUAAAACUGGUGUAAUGAUCAGCGACCUAGCGUUGUUGCAGAAAAAUCGACUUGGUUCAGUCCCACCAACAACUCUAACUGAACAACCGGCACCUAGCAAUCAUGAGCUGAAUCUUGCCAACAAAGUGCAAGCAAAACUACACAGUCAAAUUGCACAGUACGCUAAGCCUGGAGAUGUUAUUUCCCCACCUGUAAUUCAUAAUGCUGUAGGUUUAAAUGAAGAAGAUAUUGACUUAUUGAAUGAAUUCUUCACCGCCGCGCCGCCAACCACCGCGGUGUAA